CUGCUGUAAUCGUGACAUCUAACGACGAGUCAACAUCAAUGGCUGCCUCCGUCUUCUGCAUGUGUUAUUUUUCCAAAACCUAUUUUAUGCGAUAUUUAGCGUUUUUCCGUCUGUAAACACGUAACUCUAGACAAUAAAUAAAGAGCACCGUCAGAUAUAGUUCGCUUUGAAAAUGAAGGUAAAGGCACAGCGCAAGAAGAAAGGGAAAGGUGGAAGGCAAAUGCACAAGGAGAAACUUCAGAAAUUCAUGGAUUCAGUUAAUAACUUUGUGAAGAGCAAAGGCGGCUUCGAUGAGAAUGAAAACAACCAAAGGACAACCUUUGUAAAGAGGAAAAGUAGAAAAGAGCUGCGCAAAGAGAAACGUAAGUUAAAGAAAUCUAAGAUGAAAAGUCACUACAUGGGUCAAUCCCUCCUGAAGCCCAGCGAGGAGGCGGAGGGACCUGCGCAAAAUGAAGAAAAUGCACAGAAACCAGCUGCGAAGCCGAUUGGAAAUCUUAAAAAUGUCGCUAAGAGACAGCAGGAGACAAAUAAAGACAAUAUGAAUUUAAAAGAUGGUGUAGAAGAGAAGACUAAAAGGAAAGUCCACUUCUCCGAGCAUCUGCCAAAGCAGAGAACGAAAUCUAGUCUACACGAGAGCAGAAAGCGGGCUCUGUUAGAGGCAAAUAUCGAAGAGGACAAGGAAAUAAAGAAAUUAGAAAAACGCCUAGGACUGAAUAAAAGAAAGAACAAAAAGAGCCUGCCUCAGUCAUUCGCCAAUGAUGGACUUGAUUAUAUUUUAGGAAUUCUUGAGCCUGGAGCAUCUGCGACGGGACUGUAUGAGAGUGAUGAAGAAAUUGAGGUUGACAAAGCGAAGGAUAACUUCGAUGAGUUAGAAGAGGACAGCGACAGGCAAAUGUCUGAUGAUGAGAGCCACGGUGAGGAUGAAGGUGAUUCUGAUGAAGAGGUAAGAGAUGGAGAGGAUGACACUAUUAUGGAAGAAGAUGAGGAUGUAGAAGAAGAAGAAGACGCACAGAUAGAAGAUUAUGUGGAAGGAGGUGAAGAAGAGGAAGAUGACACAGAUGCAUCAGAGGAAAAUGAUCAUGGGGAGGAAGUUGAAUCUGAACAACCUGAAAGCCAGGAACAAAAUUCUGCCUCUGUGGGCAAGUAUGUUCCCCCUCACUUACGAGAAGCCAUGGACAGCAAACGCAAGGCCGAGCUGGAGAAACUGAAGCGCCGUGUAAAAGGUCUAAUAAACAGAUUAAGUCAGCCCAACAUGGCAUCUAUCAGCAGUCAGUUGGAAGAGCUGUACAUGAGCACCAGCAGGAAGGACAUGAACGAUACACUCACGGACAUUCUGCUCGCUGCCUGUGUCACACCUACUCUCAUGCCUGAAAGGCUUUUAAUGGAGCACAUCCUACUUGUCAGCAUCCUCCACCAUAGUGUUGGCCUGGAGGUCGGAGCUCAUUUUCUGGAGACUGUAGUCCGUCAGUUUGAUAAAACUUACAGUCAACUCGAUGCUACAGACAAAGAAUGCGACAACUUGUUGUCCAUAAUUGCCCACAUAUACAACUUCCAUGUGGUUCAUGCUCUCCUAGUGUUUGACAUUCUGAAGAAGCUGGUGACACGUUUCAGCUCAAAGGAUAUAGAACUAAUUUUACUGGUUCUGAAGAACGUUGGGUUUGCUCUGAGAAAGGAUGACCCGCUAGCUCUUAAGGAGCUGAUCUCUGAGGCUCAGCGGAAAGCCAACGCUGAAGGAGAGCGUUUUCAGGACCAAACAAGGAUUCGGUUUAUGUUGGAAACUAUGCUGGCACUGAAGAACAAUGACAUGAGGAAGAUUCCGGGUUAUGACCCUGAACCUCUGGAGAAGUUAAGGAAACUGCAGAGGACUUUGAUUCACAGCAGUGCCAGUGGUAGUGAUAUGAAGUUGAGAGUCUCACUAGAGAAUCUUCUGGAAGCUGAACGCAUUGGCCGCUGGUGGAUUGUGGGAUCUUCCUGGAGUGGAGCACCCAUGAUUGACCAUGAGAACAAGGCAACCACAAUAUCCACCAAAGGGGAACAAUACAGCACAAAGAUUUUGGAGCUUGCACACAAACAAAGAAUGAACACUGACAUCAGAAGGAACAUUUUCUGUGUGCUUAUGUCCAGUGAAGACUAUUUGGAUGCCUUUGAGAAACUUUUAAGGUUAGGAUUGAAAAACCAGCAGGAGCGGGAAAUUGUUCAUGUCCUUACGGACUGCUGCUUGCAGGAGAAAAUGUUCAAUAGAUUCUAUGCGGUUCUGGCAGAGAAACUUUGCUUGCAUGACCGUCGGUUCAAGAUGACCUUUCAGUUUAGUCUGUGGGAUAAGUUCAAAGAACUGGCAAACCUUUCCAAUAGGUCUUUCAGCAACCUGGUCCAGAUGGUCACGCAUCUUUUACACAGGAGGAGUCUCUCUCUUUCUAUUCUCAAGGCUAUUGAGUUUGGGGAGCUAGAUAAGCCCAAAGUCAAAUUCCUGAAGCAGAUUCUCUUGAAACUCCUUAAAGAAACUGAGCCAGAAGACCUUGUGAAUAUAUUUGGCAGGAUUUCUGGAAUUCCCGAGCUAGGAAUGCUUCGGGAAGGCUUGAAGCUUUUCAUCAGUCACUUUCUGCUCCGGACCGUUCAGACACAAGAACCAUCUGAGCAAGCCAAGUUACUUAUGGACAGAGCCGAGGUCGCCACCAAAGCUAUGGAGGCGCGGGACGCCCAAAUCAAGCUAUAGAGCACACAGAUGUGUGCAUAAAGCAUCAGAAUU